AAGGACGCUGCUGUCGUAAGAGGACAUCCGGUCGGGCUCCUAGCGUCGGAAACUGACGCCGUCAGCCUUCCUUGGGUGUUAGUAGCUUUCGCCCCCGAGUCGCGGUUCGCGAGCUGGAUUUGCUGUCGCCGCGGGCCGGCAUCACGCCAUUCUCUGUCCCUCUGCCCCCGGAGAGAGCCCGACCUCCCCGCGAGGAAAGGUGGGAAAAUGCCUAAAAAAAAGACCGGUGCUAGAAAGAAGGCAGAGAACCGCAGAGAACGUGAAAAACAGCUAAGAGCAUCAAGAAGCACCAUAGAUUUGGCUAAACACCCAUGCAACGCUUCAAUGGAAUGUGACAAGUGUCAGAGGCGGCAGAAGAAUAGAGCGUUUUGCUAUUUUUGUAAUUCUGUACAGAAGUUACCAAUUUGUGCACAGUGUGGGAAAACCAAAUGCAUGAUGAAGUCUUCAGACUGUGUCAUAAAGCAUGCUGGAGUAUACAGCACUGGCCUUGCAAUGGUGGGUGCAAUCUGUGACUUCUGUGAAGCGUGGGUUUGUCACGGUAGGAAAUGUCUCAGUACACACGCCUGUGCCUGCCCUCUCACGGAGGCCGAGUGUGUGGAGUGCGAACGAGGAGUCUGGGAGCACGGAGGCAGAAUAUUCAGUUGUUCUUUUUGCCAUAACUUUCUCUGUGAAGAUGAUCAGUUCGAACAUCAAGCCAGCUGCCAGGUUUUAGAGGCGGAAACAUUUAAAUGUGUUUCAUGCAAUCGGCUCGGUCAGCAUUCCUGUCUCCGUUGUAAGGCUUGUUUCUGUGAUGAUCAUACAAGAAGCAAGGUGUUUAAACAAGAGAAAGGAAAACAGCCUCCCUGUCCUAAAUGUGGACAUGAAACUCAGGAAACUAAGGAUCUUAGCAUGUCAACCCGCUCCCUGAAAUUUGGCAGGCAGACUGGAGGUGAAGAGGGAGAUGGAGCGUCUGGGUAUGAUGCCUAUUGGAAGAGCCUUUCAUCUGAUAAGUAUGGUGAUACCAGCUACCAUGAUGAGGAGGAUGAGUAUGAAGCAGAGGAUGAUGAAGAGGAAGAAGAGGAAGGUGGGAAGGAUUCAGAUGCUGAGUCAUCAGAUUUGUUUACUAAUUUGAAUUUAGGAAGGACCUACGCCAGCGGCUAUGCUCACUAUGAGGAACAAGAGAACUAGGGAAAGCCGCGUGCCCACCGUGACCUUGUCUGAGGAGCAGGCAAGUGCCUGAUGGACUGUGUGGGUGUUCAGAAGUCCUGUCACUUAGCCUCGUGUGAAAGACUAGUCACAGGUACUGGCGCAAGGAGUGGAGCGUAGCAUUUUUAUAGGAACGGAUAAUCAGGCCUAUAGCAUAAGAAAAAUGAUUGCAAAGGUGAGAUGUUUAUGGAUCCAAGCAACUGAAGGAAGGAAGCAUCAUGGAUUGGAUUUUUACUGAUUUUAGAAUAUUUAGGAUUUGCUUUUAGACAGGAUAAAAGAAUAGGAUGGUAAUAUAUUUGUUUGAAACUAAAUUGCUGUUUUUAUGAAAAAACACUGCUUAUAAAUUCAUUCUGGUUUUGUAAAAUGUAAUGGGUAAAAUGAAUUAUUGUAUUUUUGCUCGUAUGUCCAUAGGAUACAAAUCAGAUGUUAUAUGCUAAAUUUUCAUUAAAUCUUUGUGUUAUCUCACAUAGUCAUAGUAUGUAUGUUUUAGCAAUUGACUCAUUUAUUUCUUCACAUUGUGUGUCCUGAACAGUGUCUGUUAUUAAUGCCUAAAUGUAUAGACAAAGGAGACCACAUAGCCAUUUUUCAGAGACACAGAAUCAGAAGCAGUAUUAUUACAUGGAUGCUUUACCCGGGAAAUUUUAUUUCUU